GGGGCGUGCCGAGGCCAAGAUGGCGGCGCUGGGCGGGCCUGUGGAAGUGGCGCUGGUGUCUGCCGGCGAGGCUUCGUCCUCGGGUGGGUGCUGCUGGGUGUGGGAAGCCGGCUCCGGAGCCUCGGUGGCGACCUAUCGGGGAGGCUGCUGCGGCCCGCGGGGCCUGGCCCUCUUAGGCGGAGAGCGGCUCCUCGGCGCCCAGCUUGGGAAACCCUGCGUCGCCGCCUGGGACCUCCAGAGGAAGGUAAGGGAAGGUUGGGACUUCGCUAAGGGCCGCGCGCAUGCGCCAACCGGAGAGCCAACGCGCCUGCGCUGGACUUUGCUGAGGGGAGAGGGCCAAACGCGCAUGCGCGCGGUCUCCAAGGAAGGAGGGUGCUCAGAGAAGUUACCUGGACUUAAAACUGAGCCAAUGAACCUUUUCUCUUUCUUUCGGCGACAGGUCUGUAGUGGGAACCUGCUGGCCAUCCUGAACCGGCAUUAUCAGGACGUGUCUUGCCUCGCUUUCACGGAUGACAGCAGCCAUUUCAUCUCGGGGGCCAAGGACUGCCUUGUCAUCGUCUGGAGCCUCUGCAGUGUGCUGCAGGCCGAUCCUGACCAAAGUCCAGAGCCUCUCCACAUCUGGUCGCAACACACGCUUCCUGUCACGGACCUCUGUUGUGGCAUUGGUGGCCCCAUGGCACGGGUUGCCACUGCCUCGCUAGACCAAACGGCGAAGUUGUGGGAGAUCUCUUCRGGCGACCUCCUKCUCUCCGUUCUCUUCGACGCCAGCCUCAUGUCYGUGACCCUUGACCUCGCCGAGUAUCACAUGUUCUGUGGGGGAAUAGACGGUUCCAUCUUCCAGGUUGACCUUUGCUCCUGGCCUGUGAACAGAGAGAGGGGCUUCAACUCAGAGCAAGAGAGUGGGAAGAUCUUCAAAGGCCAUAAGAACCAGGUGACCUGCCUCUCCGUCUCCACCGACGGAAGCCUUUUGCUCUCCGGCUCUCACGACGAAACCGUCCGGGUGUGGGACAUCCACAGCAAACAGUGCCUGCGGACAGUGAAUUACAAAGGUCCAAUCACAAACGCCUUCUUGGCCCUGGCGCCUGCCAACAUGCUCAUCUUAGAUGCCAAGCCCAGCAUCCCGUUGCCCAAGUUCAGCCGGCACCUCCAUGAUUCCGAGGCCUCUGAAAACCCUGCCGGCGACGGGCUAACACUGCGUUUAGGACUGCACCAGAAGGGAUCUGACGAGAAUUAUUUGGAGAAGGCCGAGCGCUUGUAUUCUCAAAUGUGUGCCACAAGGGAAAAGAACCUGAUGGGAGACCAAGAGCAACUGAAGAUCCAAGUGACAGAGCUGGAAGAGGAGGUCAGCACCCUCCGGAAGAUCAACAAGAACCUCUUCGAUUUCUCCAGCCACAUCCUCACCAAGCCGGGCAAAUAGGGCAGACGCAUAUCACUCCAAUUUGGCAUGACAUUUCAUUCCUUAUUCUUGGGCAUGGUUUCCAUGUGUCCUUGUGGACUGUUACGUGUAUUUUUUGAAGACGUUUUUUAUCCAGAAAUAAAGAAAACAUAAAACAAAA